CAUCGAAGAAGAAGACCAAAACAAAAACAAUAAUUGCAGUGUGGUUGAACGGGAAUUAAAAUGCGGAGAGACUGCUAACAGUGAAAUUUAAAUAAAUAUAUAAAAAGUACAUGUUAAUGCUUGUAAUUAGAAAAUAUGGCAAAUGUGGAAAUAAAAACAGAAAUUAUCGAAGAGGAACAACCACUUCUUGAUGAUAAGACUGAACCCGAAACUAAUGUACAUUCUGUUGAAAUAAAAACUGAGCCAGAUGAUGAUGUGAUACAGGUGGUUGUAGCGACAAGAGACGAAGCAGAUAAGAAAAAUAAACAGUGUUCCAGCUCAGAAGCUAUAGUGGAUUCUGUGUUAAAGUCAGAAAUAGACAUAGAGCCGACACAACUGGAGGAGCCAUGUGAAAAAUAUGAACAGAGUUGCAGCUCAGAUAAGACUUUAAAAAUCGUACACAUCUCGAGGGAGGAUAUUGAGCCUACGAUUGUUGGCGAGCCUACAAAAUUAUACGACAUUCAGAGACUGCGAAAUUUCGGUAAUGUUCCCUUCGUCAUUAAGCGAAUGGAGCCACAGGAUUUCUCAAUUACCUAUACAAAGGCGGUGAGCAGCGUUGAAACCAUAUUGGAACAGCUCCGACGCAACCAAGUGCCAAAUGGCAUCGGCAUUGCAUUGCGCAUUGCUAAUCAUACGCCAUCGUCAUGCCUUCUGAUUCUAUCCAUACUUAAUCACAAAUGCCAUUUCUACAGCAACGACAAACUGAUCUUGUCCAAGGCCUUGCAUUGGCAAAUGUGUUGUGCUGGCAUCGACUACCUCAUUGUUAAUGGUUACAUGCCAGUGGGUGCUGUGUACUUUGAGUAUCUCGACAGUUUUCUCGUUUUUAAUGAGGAGUACAAGCUCUUCAAACUAAAGCACACGAGCAAGGAUCCUCCAAUUGAGGCUAAGGCUCCUUUGCCCGCCAACAUGUGCUACACGAUUACCACAACGGGUACUACGGGAACACCCAAAUUGAUACAUGUUCCUUAUGAAUGCAUUGCACCCAAUAUUGUGGCACUUAGUCAAAAAUUGAAUAUAUCUAUGGCUGAUGUUAUUUAUCUGGGCACUCCUUGCACCUUUGACCCAUCCAUUGUGGAGCUGUUUCUGGCGCUGCAGAAUGGUUCCGCUGUACUCAUCAGCCACUACACGAUGCGCGAAUCACCGAAGCGCGUCCUAAGUGCCUUGUUCCCCACGAGCAUUACGACUCCCGGAAUCACUGUCUUGCAAAUGACACCAUCGCUGUUUCGACAAUUUGGAGCAAGCGCCAUUAGGGAACGGAUAUUAAGUAGCUCAAGUUCCUUACGAGUAUUACUCUUGGGCGGCGAACCAUUUCCGUCUAACGUAGAACUUGCCACAUGGAUGGAACCGCAGAUCUUGCUUCAAAAGCAUAUAUGUAACGUAUACGGCAUCACAGAGAUUUCAUGUUGGAGCAUGAUGCAUGUCCUGAAGUCGCUGCAUUCGCGUGUACCUCUGGGAACGCCCAUUGAUGAUCAGACUGUGCUUGCCGUCCACUACGAAAAUAAGCAGAAGGAGGGAUGUGGGGAGCUUUAUCUGGGAAGUGUAACGCGACGCUGCUAUAUACCCCAAGUCGAUGAUAUGGAUAAGAAAAAUGCUUCCAUUUGCUAUCGUGCCACAGGCGAUCUGGUGCGACGUUUUGAUGAUGGCUCUAUUUUUUAUGAGGAGCGAGCCAACGAUGUGGUAAAGCGAGCAGGAACUCGCAUUAGCUUAGGACUCAUAACACGCAAGAUUGAGAAAUGCUUACACAGCAGCGAAUUAGCCGCCUGUUUGUGGCAAGAGGAGUUGCAGAAGCUCAUCUGCUGUAUACGAUGUUUUGAACCAAAGACCAAGGUGCAACAAAGGGCGCAGACCUUUGACAUACUGUCCAAGUUGGCCUGCGCUGAGCAACCCGACAGAUUCGUGUACCUACAGCAUUUUCCAUGCGAUGCACAUGGAAAGCUGGAUAAGAAACUGCUACUCAAGGAAUGCACACUUCUGGCUCAACCCGCUCAAGACAUACUCAAAAGUUUUCUACAUGAUCGGCUCGAGUGCGUGGAUACGCUGAAUGAGAGAUUUGCAAAGAAGCAACGCUUAGAUAUUAAUGCGACUAAUAAUCCCAGUGGUUAUGAUCUGAGCUUUCGCCAAGCUGGCGGCACAUCUUUUCAUGCCAUCACCCUGUGUCGCGAAAUUGGUCUGCAGAUGUGCAUUGACGAUGAGCAACGACAUUUGUUCGAGUUGCUGCUCGACGAAAACGUGCCGUUGCGUGUUGUGCUGAGCUUCUUGGAUACGGCCAAGCUUGUUACUCACAAUACCAAACUGAAGCCUGUCGAGCCGCCUUUAGACGCAAUACCUGCGGCAACACCCAGCUGCAGUCGGGCUUGUGGCCUGGUCAUCACACGCGUCGAACAACCGGCAAUUCACUUUCAGUACCAUUGGAAGGUUAAUUUUAGCAAAUGCGUUGAUUCACCUGUGGCACAAUACGAGGGCCGAUAUGUGGCUGUGGGUGCCCAUUCAAAGAUACUGCGCACACUUGACGCACUGACGGGGCAGGAGCAGAGUACUUUAAGGCUACCGGAUCGCAUCGAGUGUAAAGUUACAUUCCUGAGUGAACAGCUGGCCAUGGUGGGCUGCUAUGAUGGGUGCCUCUAUGGUUUCAACCCGCUGACCGGUGAAAUGGUUUGGAAUAUAGAUAUUGGUGGAAUGAUUAAAGCUCAACCGUUUCUAUCGGAGGACGGAGCACGUAUUGUGAUCUGCAGUUAUGCCGAGGACUACAAUGUCAUGUGUCUAUCGACGGAGCGACAGCAGGUGCUGUGGUGCAUGCGUAUUGGCGAGAAGGCCAUCUUCGCCAGUCCCUUGGAGCUGCCCAGGCAGCAGGCAAUCAUUAUUUGUACCUUGGAUGGUGGCUAUACGCGCGUCUCUCUACUGGAUGGUUCUGUUCAAUGGGCCAAAAAAUGUAAGCAACCCAUGUUUGCGUCCCCGGUUCUGCUCGAUCCCAAUACAUUCGCUUGUGCCGAGGUGAAUGGCCAGGUGCAUGCUUGCAAUGUGAACAGCGGCAAGAUUUUGGACUCCUAUGCGGCAGAGGGCAACAUAUUCUCUGCGCUCGUUGUCAGAUCGCCGCCAACGCAUAUGGGACAUACUUUUGUGCUUUUUGGCUGCAUUGAUCACCACGUCUACUGUCUGCGAUGCAAAACAACUGCUGGGAAGAGUGCCUCCUUUGAGCUUCACUGGAAGGUUGAUGUAGGAGCUUCAGUCUAUGCUACGCCCACUAUACUGAAAAUAGAGCCUAAUGGCUUUUUGGUAUUUUGCUGCGCCACGGACGGACGUGUAGUGCUGGCCAAUCUGAGCAAUGGCCAGAUACAGUGGUCCGACAAGCUUCCCGGAGAACUGUUUUCUACACCAUGUUACAUUGAAAGCCUAAGGCGUAUUUAUCUGGGAUGCCGUGAUAACUAUUUGUAUUGCUUAGGCAUCUAAAAUAAACAUUCGCAUUGAUCAAGCAAUGAUUAGUUAAGCCAAUCAUCCACCACUUCUUUAUUUGGAAACGGAAAUUUAACUUGGAUAAUAAUCACAAUAAUUAGCUGUUGCUUUGAUCUCUUCAUGUGUACGAUGGAAUCGGUCUAGAGCAGUUUCAUGUGAUGUUUCAUUCAUUCGUCUGCACUCGCUGCAACAGGAUGUCCACGACACUGAUUCCAUUAAACCAUCUACCAACGGAUGCUCUUCGUUUUUGUCUGUCUUCAUUUCAAUGAGCUCACAUGCCUGCGAUGAAGCACUCAAAUCGUUUAAUUUAUUCGCGGCCAUUUGAUCCAUUGCUCGACGCAAACGAUUGGUAAGCCGGGGGGCCUUAUAUAGUGCAAUAAUUGCUUUCAUACUACGUGUUUUCUUUCGUUUCUGCAAUAUUUUCUGUCUGCGCUCAGCCUUUUGUUUUCCGGCAAGACUUUGCAAUUUUUCUACUCGAAUUUGCGCCAAUUUACGCUCCGUUGCUGUCAGUUU